CAGUAUAUUAUAAGACUACAAAAAUCUAUUGAGGAAAACCGUGGGAAAUACUCGUCAUUGUACAACAACAAUUCUCGAAGAAUAUUUUAUUAUUGAGGACUGGUAUAUGGAGAAGAAUAAAAGAUACCCAAUAUAUUAUAUAUACAGUUCAUACAAGAACUCUCAAGUUUCCAGUUACCAAGUCGUUUAACUGCGUUAAGCGCACGAGCGGAUUUCCUCACUCCAUUAGAUUUUCCACUCUGGUGCUCAUUGUCUUAGUCGUCGCAGAGUUACUUAUAAAACAAUUUACAAUCUGUAUACAAAAAUUACAAUAAGCAAAUUAGAUAAAAAAAAAAAAACAGAAUAAAAUAACAUGAAUAUCGUGUUGAGGAAGAAACCCAGUGGUAACACCUCUUCAAAAAAAACGUGUAGGUGCGAUGAAAGAAAAAAUAAAUUUUUAUUACAGGUAACUAUAUAUUUGUUUUUGUUCAAUUUCUCACAACGUCGAAACAUGAUGUCAGCUGGAAUGGUCCUCCUAAAUGAAGAAUAUAAUAUUGGAACAAGGAAACCAGUUAUUUUGAAGCGACUCAAUCAAUGUAAUAGGAAAUCCACGGAGGGUAGUUACGGCACUGCUAUAAAUCUCGGUAGACAUGUCAGAGUUGAAUGUCCGGAAAAAAAUGCCCUAGAUUAAAUAGAUGGAUCAUUAUUUACCCUGGGCUAACACAUAAGACAAAUUAAAAUUUUUCAAAAUAUAAUACCUAUCUACUAUGAAUUAUAACGAACGCACGGGUCAAACGAAACGAUAACCUACACAAACAUCUCAGCAUUAUGAAAAUUCAAAACCAUAUAAGAGUCCAUGCAGCAAAUUUCUGCAGUUCACUUCAUAAAUCAACAGGCUCGUUACACUUCAAUUUACACAUAUCUCCACCACCUCAAAGACGUCUCAAACGCGGUCGCCCACACGAUAUUAUUAGAUAAUUAUUAUAAAGUAUUUUUAUAAACUAUACGUGUAAUUAUAUAAUAUAUUCUUCAUCUUUACACUUUAUACUAAACAUUAUAAUGUCUAACCAGUAACCAACCUUAAGUAUAAUCACUAUUCAAUAUUGUUAUUAUUAUAUAUUAAUCACUAUCAUGUCAAAAUUGUCAAAAAUUAUCUUGUAAAUACCUGUAGAUAUAGAUAUAGCUUACAUAGGCCAGGA